AUGGGCGCCGAAAUCAGCAGCGAACUGGCGGCAACGGUUCAAGCUGCCUGUGACCGCGUUGGCCCUACAGGCCGCAUCGAUGAUAUACUUCAGAAAAAUCCCUUGCUUGAAAGCCUCUUAAAAGUGCUUCCAACUUCUUUACGGAAGCUGGUCACUAGAAACCAAGGCAGUGGGGACGGAAAGGGUAGAUUAUCAAGACAUCGUGCAUACAAAUUAAUAUCAACUGGUGCCGCACCGAGGCUCGCUCCUGGCGUUGAAAAACAUUUGCUCAACUGGCAUCAUGACCCAAGCAGCGCCUUCCAAACUCCAGAAAAAAUCGAUGAAGGGGAGACUUUCUUUGACACAUUUAUUGGCGAACUUUACCGCUUAGAUUGUUCACGCAAUACUAAUACUGUCAAAUGGAGGCUCUUUCUCACAUGUUUGGCCCGUUUCAAACGCAAAUUCAGGGACCAGAGACUCCGGGGAGGCCGUGAUGAUUUUAUGAACAUUAUUUCUGGACUUGCAAUCUGUCGCCGUUACCCAAAAAUUGCUCAGUCCCUACCACGGUUCUCUGGCAUCUCAGACAGAUAUGACAAGCUGGUGGUGGACCUCGACGAUGAGGGAGUUAUUGCCUGCCUUCCUGACCUUGGGGAUGAUAUUUGGGAACAUCGCCUUCCAAUGGAAGGUGAGGUGCGCACUGAGUGUCUUAACUGGCUUGUGGAAAACGGGAUCAAGGAGGAAGCAAAUUCUAAUAUCGGCAAUAGUGCUACGGGGCAUGUCAGUGCGCAUACCAGUUGCUCCUCGGUCAUCCAGUACAUUGCUCGUUGUUUCGAUGACUGUAUCUUCAUUUCCUUUCAACCCCCAUUAACAAACAUCAGACACGGGGGCGCCAGCAACUCCCAGGAUGGCCGUGCGACUAGGAGGCCUGAAUCAAACGCGCCGGCGGUUCCUGCAUCAUGUUUAGGCAAGCGACAGCGCGUGAGCCACAAUGUUACGCGGAGUGAAGGGCGAAGAACGCCGCAAACUUGGACCCGUGGGGAGGCGACCGAACCCAGGCGGCAAUCGUCCCCAGAGAAUCAGCCAUCACAACUAGGGUGUGAUGCCCAGCGAUCUCCCAGGGAAAAUGAUGCUAUCUUGCCAAACACGGCGCGACCGCCUGCAGCCACAUCGUCCGACUUAGACCCAAAUUUUACAAUCAACCCCACAUCCUUGGAUAAAUCAGCCCCAUAUCAGUCGCCCCAGAGAACAAUAAUUCGAACAAAUACAAAUACAAAUCAUGAGUAUGAUCCGUUCGUCGGUGCCAAUCCAAGCUCCUCACCAAUGCCUAGAGGACAUGACCCAAGCUUCCCUGAGCCAAACGCUAUAUCACCACAACAGAGAAACUCUCAGCCAUUUGGAGAUCUUGACUUCGGAAGCUUUCCGCCUUUCGGAGAUCUUGACUUCGGAUUAUAUAACAGUGUCUAA